AUGUUUAAGAUUCUGCCACAGCAACUAAGAGAAGUAAGCACUACUAUCCAACUCGACUCGGAAUGUUCAAACUGGCAACUGAUAACUUUGUUUUUGAAAGCUUUCACCUGGAAAGCCUACAGAAGUGCAACGAUUCGCAUAAACGCUUAUAACGACUCCUGCAAACGAAACGUCUUGACUACAACAAUGUUCCUUAAUUUCUGUCCGAUGCUUCUGGUGCUGGCCAGUUUUGCAUCCACAUUCUACAGUGCAUCUGCAGCAGAUUUCAAGGUUACAUAUAACACUGCCAAGGAUUCAUGCGCUCAAGCUGGCGAUACCAAUCAAGGCACUCUCCGAGUGAAAAGAAUCUGGACUGUGUUCUAUGACAAACAAACGAAGAUUGUAAACAACAUUAAAGUUGCCAGCGUUAAACACGAUGCGAUUAGGGGUUCUGCUUCCAUUAAAUACAAUGGAACAAUGACCAACUUGCGUGUCGGGCUCUACGUUUUGGUUAUCCGUACUACGAAAAUCCGCGAAAACGAGAAUCCGGAAUCGAACGUGCUGCAGAUGUCGAAAACCCAGUGGGGUGGCGGUAGGCUCUCAAAUCCCGGUGUUGGCUUGGAUUUCUCAGAAAUGUAUUUUGAAUCACCAUUCGCGCUCAAAGUUGACAUCGUUGAAUUAACAAAAGCCGGAGAGGUUGAUCGAGGAAGUUAUACACUUAAUCAGUGUUGGGAUGAUAAGAAAUGGAUUGCAAAUGAGGGUCUUUAUAAGCUGAACGUCGUCAAUGGAAAAUGGUAUCCUGUCUACUAUAAUCCCAUGAAUGCAGAUUUUUACUAUGAAUACGAUUAA